AUGCAAACAGUUUCGGGAAUCCUGCCAACAACAUUAAGUCCAUCCGAGCUUAAAUCUGAUGAUGAAAGAACUUUCCAGUUUGACGAAGAGACCGAGGUGGCAAAGCUUGUGGACGAAAGUGAAGAUUUACGAAGACUGAUUAACAAGACUACCCAGCUGGGUAUCAAAGUCGACCAUAUUCACAGCAAAACAGAUCAAGAGAUUGCCAGGUUGGAAAAAGUGAUCGAAGAAGUUGCUAAAAAUGAUAGUCUCUUUAGGUCUUGUUCUAGUAAGCUCAAGCGAAAGAAUGCGUGUAAACAUGCUUCAGACAGUGAAAGCAGUACGAACACUCAACUGAAGAGCCUUUCUCACUUGCAUGGCCGUCACGACCAUGAUUGGAAGCAAAAGUUAAAUAAAUGGUUCCGAAAGAAUAAAAGUAAAUUUGCCAUACGAUCGGCCAGCGAUCUGAAAAUGACAGAUGUAGAUAACCUGUUUCACUCGCAGACUAGAUUUGUAGAAGAUAGCAAGUCGCCAUACUUUAGUGAAACAGAUGGCUAUAUGAACGGUUUGGACAUCAUAUCACCAUUAACCCCGGAUGAUUUCGACGAUAAUGAAAAGUGUGUUAAACUCGAUGAACCUAGUCAAGCAUGUCCCAAUUCAGACCUGAAGAAGACUUCAUCAAGUCCCACAUUUGGAAACCAUGCAAACAAUGAGCUGGUCGUGAAUGGUACAGAGAGUAUCGUUAGUGAACCUCCCUUGCAAGAAAGUAAAAAGAUCAUUCUAAAAUAUCGAAGCGUUAGAACAUCUCUUAGCGCCAUAGGUUCUGCGAAAGCAACCUCCAAAAACAAUAGCAGUGUGUUUCGCAUCUUCCACAAAAGCUCAGGCCUUAUUGACAAAAAUCAAGAAGACGUGCCACGAAUGUGGGAUGUGGUCAGAAAUAACUUGGAGAAAGAGGUUUUUCUUUUACAAGAAAGAUUCAAAAGGUGGACUUCAAAGCACAAAGAUACUGGAAAGACUCAAGUCCUUAACAGCAACUGUGUAACCAUCCCUUUAUCACUAUCCGAAUCGGGGCCAGGAACACAGUCGGAAUCUGGAUUCUGUUCCAUGCUUGGGUCAGAAGCCCUGCUUCAAGUACAAGCUUGA